AUGGUCAGCUUCAAGAAGAUCAUGGAUUCCUCAACAAAAAAUGACAGCAAUAUCAAGCAAAACACGCCAAACACCAAGUGGGCAGAUGAAGGCGACAAUGCGACAAGAAAACAAGCAAAUCACGAAACUCGUGAGAGGCAGAUUACAAACUCAUCACUCAACUAUGGUAAUCAAGAGGGAUUUUAUUUCCAUAAUCUAGAAACUCUUACUCCCGCUAUGGAGAAGCGACAAGGUAGAAGUGAGAAGGAAAAAGCCUGGGACAGUUCUAUGCCACGGUAUUACUCUGUAAAGAACAUAUAUAACUCUGGGCCAGAAGGCGAAAACCAACCAGCAUGGGCAACAUGGAAAAUGCAUGAACAAGAGCAUAGGGAAUAUACCCUUUAUCGGCUAACUGAUCAGGACGUAUCGAGCCUGUAUCCAGUAUCUCCGGCAUCUGAUCAUCCACUACGUUCACAUCGGCAUGCAGUAGUUUUUCCGGUAUCCCUACCAGGAACAGCUCAUAAACAGCAUGAGGAAAAUGAAAAUGAAAAUGAAACCAUGAACACGCGUACAAGAAGAGACUCUGGGGUUGUACAUUCCUACGCGGGAUUACCAAUAUCCAUUGAAAAAGCUAUUAAUACGAACAAGCCACUACCUCCAGUACCACGUAUUAAACCAGCAUCAAGGCCGGGUCCGAAGGCAGGUCUUCCUUCUUCACCUCGCCCCAUCACAUGCCCCCAGAAUAUCAAGACUUUGUCCAAGAAACUCAAGUCCAAGACUGACCAGAGUUCUCCGCGGUGGAAGGGGCUUCACUUGACAGUUCCCCAAGUAACCCUCAAAUCCAAGAUUUCAUUCCCAGGCCUACUCACAGCUUCCAAAAGUGGCUCAAUUAAAAAUAUUGCUGUAGAAUGCGACGGCAUUAGCAGCUCUGCAAAUGUUGUCUCCCUCCCAAUCAAGCACAUCGACGCCCUUCUAGGCCCAUAUCCAUCUGAAACCACAUCCAGUGCAAAGCCCAAUGUAGAGAAAACACUCUCAUUACCUUUGCACGUUCCAGCGACCAACGCCGCGGAUAUGAAGGCAAAAGGAAAACCCGCGGCGGUACGUGACCAUGCACCCCCAAUACACUGGCGAGAUGCUUUUGUCGAAUCUGCAUUUGAAGCUAGUGAGUUUAUUAAGCAGAGUGCGAGGGAGAAGCUCGAUGGAGUUAUGCGUGUAAGUCGACGAAGAAAGAGCUCGGAUGCUAGCUUUAUGUGUCAGGGUGUAGGGAAUGAAGGGCUUGAUACGUGGAGCUAG